AUGCCAUCUUUUCGCCAGAAAUCCGAGCGUCGUACUCCUAAUCUGAAGAAGUCUAUAUCAGACAACGAGACUAUUGUUGACUCUGCCAAUCGUAUGACUGCGGCUGAUCUCCUGGCAGAAGCGAAAACAUCAUUAGACUGCUGUUGCUAUGCCUUCUCUGUCAGGUGUGCCAAGGCGUCAGAAUUGUCCACCACGCUGCAGGCUGAGCUCUUUUCUAUCCUGGAGCACAACAUGAAGGUACCUUGAGGAACUCUUGCUGCCAUUGAUGUUUUUGAUAGCCUUCGCCCUCCUUGAAUUUCUAGUAGUACACCUUACUGAGUUUGGGAUCUGUUGGCAAGUAGCUGCCUGGUCCUCUAAGAGGCAUCGAAAUAAGUGACAUCUGUCUCCACGCAUCUACCUUAGUCAUUAUUUUUUCAGAAAAUACCUUCUUUAUAGAAAACGCCUAUUUUCCGUCUAGUACAUUUUUUUCGUUCCACCCUGUUAACCGCGGGACUGAAAUGCACUUAAGUAUCCUUUUUAGACUGAUCGUCGUUCGAAGCUAUUUAGAAAGUCUGGCAAUAAUAAGGGACUGGUCUUAUCGACACCCUUCUAAUAAAUAUUCGGGCAAACCGUCCCAUUCUUCCCUCGUUCUCUCGUCCUUGACGAAAGCGUCGCUGCAGGAACCUUUUAAGAUCAAUCGUUGACUGCAUACCUUGGCACAUUCUCAUGUUUCGCGAUCUUUGAAGUUUUAAAAGUAUCAUUUCCAUAAAAGUUGUCAGAUCUCUUUUUGGCAAUUCGUUCAUUGCACUGAUACCAGUUCUGUAAUAUGAGAUGUGCGCGUCAUUUUGAAUUUGUGGACAGGAUGAUUGGGAAACUGGCCAUUGACUGCAUAUAAAUGUCUGCUUUUAUCUAAAACAACAAGAAAGACGUGGCCUUAUAGCAUCUUUACUUACUCCGUGAGAGAUAAUUACAGCCUUAGGGGUUUGACUGAGGCUCCUCACAAACAUCUCCGAUAACUGUCAUUCCUCUAUCAAACCUACCGCCUCUGCUUCAAAAUCAACUCAUUUUUCUAUCUAUCUAGUAGGAGCUUGAAUCAUGCUGUCUUCUUAUGGUUCGGUCUCACCUAUCAUCAGAGAAUAUGUCAGUAUAAAUAAAAUUCCUCCGGGUUCUAUGGCGGUUCUGUAUUGCUUCAGGCAAUGACGGUUCCUACUUUCCACAAACCACUUGUUUUUAGUUAGUCAAUGCAUCUGCACUUACCUGUUUUAAGUGACAGCUUUGGUCAUCCAGCCGUUGACUUAGCUCAUAGUCAGUUGUUAUCCUGAGAUCCACUUUUGAUUCACAAAGUAUCGGCGGAGUAAUAUGUUGCUAGCCUGACCCGCAGAGUUCGUUUUUUUUGGAGUGAUUGUGACUAAACACUGAUUGCAGCAGCGGCAGCACCCUGAGCUUGUUAUUUAUCCCCUGUUUUUCAGGAUCUCUAUUGUAAGUCGUCUUGGGGUUGGGACGCCGAGGCCAAACGAAAAGAACUUUUCGCACCCGAGUCUCGCCUCUUAGUAUGUUUUUUUGAUCGACAAAAAGACGCCUGCACUGCUGGUCGUCAUACUUCUCCACGCGAAUCCCCACCUCCCAGUGGAGUCUGCGGUUUCGUUCAUUUUCGCUUUGAAUGUGAUAGUCACCGUGCUGUCCUCUACUGCUACGAAAUACAACUUCUUGAGAGUGCGCGUGGUGUGCGACUGGGGCACCAGUUAGUUGAUCUUCUCUUUGCAAUUGCAGCUCGAGCCUCCAUGCAGCGAGUCAUGUUGACUGUGUUCAAGUUCAACACGCAUGCGUACAACUUCUUUGGGAAGCUCGGCUUCAAGGUGGACUCCACCGACCCCUGUAAAUACGGAAAAUUUGUAGACUACUCCAUCAUGUCGCGCAGAGUGUCGUGA